ACCAUUUUUUAUUAUUUAUAUAUUUUCCCGAACGUGUAUGAAAGAAUAUGUCAAACAAUGGAUAAAAAUGAGAAUUAUAUUGGGCCACAGAAAUUCUUUCUUUACAUUUCCUUCGUUUUGCAGAAUAUUUGGUCAGGAGUCUUUCACAUUGGAUAUUUGUAGUUCGUCCAAAAAUGGCAGCCAUGCAAUCUUUUCGUGUAAGUCUGUCUUUUCUGAUAUGGUUUUUGGAUCGUCGCGAAAAUGGUAUAUAAAUUAUUAUAUUUGCCAGGCUUCGGUAAGAAAGAAGUUUAACCUGUGAUAGAAACAAGCAUAUUGUAUAGAGUAAUAUUAACCCUGCCAUGGUCGACAUUCACACCGAAUAAUGUAAAACUUUGUUUUGAAUAUCGGGAGCAUUUUUUAAGGAGUAAAGAAUAAUUUUGACGGGGCAGAAAACACACCUCAAUUGAUUCUUCAUUGCUGGUUUUGUGAAUUAUUACUAUUGUGGAUGGGUUAAAUUUGUUCUCUAUGAUUAGUCUUACUAUUACAGAAUGAUGUAAAACUUCAACGAGAAUCCAUAAGCUUGGUGUUAAUGGCAUUAAUUUUGACGCCAUUUUCUUCAGUCAACUUCAGAGCACAGUAUUCUGUUACGAGAGGAGGAUUUGUCCAACAAGAAAACUGUAAACUAGUCGAAAUUUUCUGUCAAAAUUUUCAUUGCUAUCCCAUAAAAGAAUGUUACAAGGGCACUCAAAUUGUGAAGAAUGCUGGAUUGAAUGCAGGGGUUUCGCAAUUUACAUUUAAAGAUGAGGUGGCUGACUUGGCAGAAGGGAAUGUGAAAGAUGAUGGCGGUGUUUUGGAUCCUGGAGAUUCUGUAGUAAACAAGAAUAGACGGUUUACAUUGCAAGGAUUUGGAGUGAGUCGCCAGGGGAUUAUCAUUUCAUCAGGAGGACCUAAACAAACUGAAAAUAGCCAUGUUUCAGGGGCAGAGGACCUGGUAGGUUUGGAUGGAGAUAAAAAACCGCUCGGUUGUCUUGUUUGUCAAAAUGAAAGUGCAAUACAAAUGAGGAGUAGAACUGUAUCUCAUAAUAUUUGUGAAUCUUCAAAAAAAGCACACUAUUUACUGCCUCCAAAACUGAAGGCUUGUGUCAAUAAUGAACAUGAAGAAAAUCCGAGUUCUUUAGCAAAUCAAAAAGAUGAAGCAAGAUUGUCAAGAAUGAUUGUCGUACAUAGUAGAUCAAACAAGGUUGCCAGCGCUUUGAAAGUGUACAAAAGGAUGGGGGAAUCAAGUCUUCAUCCAGAUUUGCAUGCUUACAAUUCGCUCAUUGCUGCUUUACUGAGAAAGGGCUCCAUUGAGAUUGCCUUGAGGAUUUUUGAGAGCAUGAAGAAGAUGAUUAAGCCUUCAGAAUGUACAUAUAGUUUGCUUAUGAAAGCAGUCGCAAAUUCUAAGAGUUGUGAACAUGCUCUUCACCUGUUGCAGGAAAUGGAAUCAUGGGAUGAUUUAACUGCAGAUAUAAUUGUAUACAACACACUGAUAUCGGCCUGUGGUAAAGCACGCAAAUGGAAUGAAGUUAAUAAACUUUGGAGAAAAUUGAAGCAAGGAGGAUGUAAAGAAACAAUGGUGACCUAUCGUCUUCUGGUCAGUACAUUUGUACAGUGUGACCAGGUAGAACUUGCAUUGGAGGCAUACCAAAAUAUGGUUCAGAAUGGAUGGCAGGCCAACGGUGAUAUUUUAAAGGGCCUUACAUGCGUCUGUGCAAAAGAAGGGAAGUGGACAUUAGCAUUGGACUUUUUCCAGAAAAUUGUGGAUUUAGGUCUGAAACCAAAUAUAAUCACAUAUAAUACUCUGAUAAAUUGUCUUGGUAAGGCAGGAGAGGUGGAUCUUGCUUUUAAAAUUUAUGAGCAUAUGCAAGCUGUAGGCCAUAGUGCUGAUGUUUAUACUGCACAGGCUUUGCUUAAUGGCCUGAACAAGACAGGGCAGUUUGCAAGAUCUCUAAGUUUUUUUGAGCACAUGAAAACAUCUAACAACUUUGAAAUGGAUGCUUGGAUUUACAAUGUGGCAUUGGUGUCUUGCCACCGUCUUGGGCUUUGGGAAAAAUCUUUGCAGUAUAUUUGGGAAAUGGAAAAGAGUGGCAUCAAGCCUGGAUCUUCGUCAUAUAAUCUUCUUAUAGCCACAUGUGAGAUUGCUGGGCGCCCAAAAGUUGCACUGCAAGUUUUUGAACACAUGCUUUGUGUUGACUGUUCUCCAAAUACAUUUACUUAUUUGCCAUUGAUUAGAGCUUGUGGAAAUGGACUUCAUUUGCGUGAAUUGGAGCAGGUCCUCAAUAGAUUAUCACAGACAGGUGUAACAGCAAGUGCUUCUAUAUACAACACUUUAAUUCAGACUCUAUGUUCUUGUGGUGAAAUUAAAUUGGCACAAAAAUUCUGUGCGGAGAUGAUUAGUAAAGGAUAUCAUCCUGAUGGUAAGACUUGCCAUCUAAUGUGGGAGUACCUUCCAAAGCAGUUUAUUCAAAAUCAAAGUAAAAAAGGAGACUCUAUCAGUUGAAGUUGGAGAUAUAGUCAUCAGUUACGGCUGCCACAUAAGUCAACCAAAGUUGACUUUUUAGACUUCACCUUGCAAUUUGAGUAUAAUCAAUUGGUGCUGUCGUUCAUCUCAUGUUCAACAGUUCUCUCUUUGCUAGAUAUGGUGUGUUAAUGCCACACUUCCAAGAUAGUUGAAUAGCAAGACUGAUUCAAGGUUAGCAUUUAGAAAACAGGAUAUACCAGUCAUGGAGGAGCUACGCACUUCGAAGGUUUUGACUCUGAUUUAAACUCUCAUCCAUUCUUGAAAGGUCUAUGAACUAGCCUUAGUUUGAGGUGGGUAAAAAAUAUUUUGAAGGUAGUAGAUGUUCUGAUUGAUUUUCUGUCCUCUACGGUAAAGUUAGCUCUUUAAAGCAAGGUAUAUAUAGUCUUUGUCUGCUUAACAAUUUGCAGCUCCAAUGUUGAAUAUGCUAAGCUCAAGUCUGCAGGUUUUACAUCAAAUCAAUUUUCAUGGCAUCAAGGAAAUUGACUGCAUUAGAUUUCUGAUGAGAUGAUGAUGACAAAGUCUAGGAAUCUGCUUACAGUAAACAUCCAUUGCUAUGCAUAGGUCCAGUGGCUUGAUAGACAACCCAUUUUGAAUCCGUUGUGCCAAAGCAAAUUCUUGCUAUUAAAAAUGCUUCUGCAAAACCUGUGAAAGUAUUUUUGCAUUGAUGUUUUGGAUAUUCUAUGUGCUAGAUCGAUCAGUGUAAUCUGUAACAUUGAUUUAUAAGCACUUUAUCUCAGGCUUUUCUACAGGUAUCUUUCAAUUAACAUAUUGUGGAAGCUUAUAAACUCUAGAGUUAUGUUUGUCGUUGUUACCCAGAUUUAUAAAAAUAAAAUAAAAUAAUGCAAAGCAUCUAUCACGAUGCAGAGUGAUCAA